ACGGAGUAUUAAAUGAUCAUUAAGGAUUAACCUUCAAAGGCAGAAAGAGAACUGGUAAUAAUUAUUUCUCAACGGCAGAACGUCAUCGAAAAAUUCCAGAAUGAAUGAAAUUUAUGAGAAUGCCAUUACGAAAACAGGAUGGGGAUUGUGCAAUUACUUUAUCAUCGGUUUAUGCUCUAUGUGUACUAUGGCCGAGGCUGGGGCAUCUCUGGUUGUCGUUAUACUGACACCACUUCUCGCCUGUGAUCGCGCCUACGGGAAACAGGAUGUAAUGACGUUGAACGCUGUUUCCUCCCUCGGAAUGGCUGUAGGUGCACUAAUCUUCGGAACUCUGGGUGACAGUAACGGCCGUAAACUGCAAAUUCCCACGACCAUGAUUGUCAUAUUCUGUGCCUCCAUUGGCUUGUCAUUCUCCCAGAGUUAUAUCCUCAUCGGUUUCUGCAUAUUUAUCCUUGGAGUCGGAGUUUCAGGUAACAAUGCAAUUCUUCGUGUCUACAUGAUCGAGUGCCUUCCAGCAAAACGUCGAGGAAUUUGCCUCGCUUUUCUAGACUUUAUGUGGAUCGCCGGCAUGAUCUUGGCACUUGCAAUGUCCUGGUGGCUGGUGCCUUCAAUAAUUCGAAUGCUUGGGAAUGAGUUUCGUCCGAGUUCGUGGAGGGUCUUGGCAGGAAUCAGUGGAGCUCCGAGUCUCAUAAUGGCUUGUGCAACGAGUCUAUUACCAUCGAGUCCGAGAUACCUAGUCUCUAGACGACGUCCAGUCCAAGCACUGUCUGUUCUCCAGCAGAUAUUUGCCAUCAAUCACGCUAACCACGCCGACAAUUUCCCACAGUGCAAUCUAGAUGGAGAUGUCACAGUAGAUGAGGAUCCUGAAGGGACUGCUAGUACUUUAGUCACUGUAAAACGUCAUUUUUCGAAGACUUGGAAACGAAUUGUCCUCGUCUGUUCUCCGAAAUUUAUGAAAAAUACACUUUUACUCCUUGUCAUUCGUGCACUGCUGUUUCCCGGGUUCAUCUGGAUGUCACUGUGGACCACCCAUCUCACCCACGUAACCAGUAACAGGGAAAAUACAACCUUGACAUUGAGUGAACAUUGCGUAACUGACACUGGGGAUAUUGUUAUGAGCUUUCUUCAUAAUUGUCACGUCGCCAACUAUUCGUUCUUCGAGUACUCAAUUAUUUUAUCAUCGGGGUAUGCUCUCGGGGAAUGUCUCUUGAUGCUUGGCGUCGACGCCAUUGGGAAAAAGUUAUCCAUCAUUACUUCAAGUCUUACCGGAGGAACAUCCCUAAUCGCCCUGAUAUUUCUUUUUCCCAAUGCACCUGUUCUAUCGAUAACUUUCCUGGCCUCAUACUCGAUUAUGCAUACGAUUACCACCAUUUUACUCCUCGAAAAUUAUCCAACAUCUGUGCGAGGAACGAUGACAGGUCUAACCGGAGUACUGCCCCACCUCGUCUCAUUCUUCAUAAAGUUCCUCAUGCACAUCCCAUGUACAACCACACUCUACAUAGUAUCCAGUCUUUUAAUAGGAGCUGCGAUACCAGCUUUGCUUAUACCAGAUUUUACCAACGCCCCAAUGCAAGAGUAAAACGCCUUCAAGAAUGUUUGAAAUUUACGAUCGACUGCUGUUAUCCAUCAGAAGGAGGAGCUAUUCAUUCUUCAAACUACCUCGAAAUACAAGAUAAUAUUACGUAAUGUGUGUAAAUUUCUACUGAUUGAUACAAAAAAAAUACAAUAAAAUUUCAUUACACCAAAAAGCCAUAAUUUUUCUCCAAUAAUGUUGAAUAUAAAUAUAAUUUAAUGAAUCGCUUAAAUGUUUUAAGUACUUUCCAUUUUACUUCUGUUGUACUGC